ACAUACGGCUUCAGCCUGAUGGUCUGUGAUGUCACACGGCAACUCUUCAUCUCGUCAGGAGCCGGUCGGUGACCGACCUGAGGGUUCAGAGGAUGAAGGUCGGAGGAUGAGGAGGAGGGAGAAGAACAGAGCUGCAGCUAAGAAGAGCAGGAAGAGACAAACUCAGCGAGCCGACCAGCUGCAUGAGACUUGUGAGCUACUGGAACAAAAGAACCGAAUCCUGAGAAGAGAGGUGGAUUCUCUGUCCGAGGAGCAGCGCCUGCUGACCGAAGCUCUAAGCGCCCACAGGCCCUUCUGUGCCAUAAUGCACUGCUCGUCCUCACUGAAAAACACAGAAGACUGGUCAGAGUGAGGAAGACAAACUGACCAUCGUGCAAUACAGACGUAAAGCUGCAGAGGACACUGCUCACCAUGCCUCUGUAACAGGUGCUCUGGUGACAUCAUCACAGUGAACAAUGACUUCCUGCAGCAGUUAGAAGAAAGACUUCAGUUAUUCUCACAUCAGAAGACACCAAUAAAUAUUAAAGCUUUUACACAUCGAAAAAAAAAAGCUCUUCAUCGCAAUGGCUCGAUUUUAAAUAACCCGCGAAA